AUGCCCACCUCACCGACGGAUUUCCCGAUGACAGUACAGCUUUCCAGUCAGUUGCAGUUGCGCUUUGACGACGGAUUAAGUGACAUGACCAUCGGUCUUAUCGCUUCGCCUCGACUGCAAUCCACACUUGGCCGGAUUUUCGUGCAAUCGGCCCUCAAAGAGGCAGUUAAUGGCAUCAGCUCAGACUCGUACAGGUCGAGACAUCAGCGUUUGCGUAUCGGCUCUUCACAAUCGCGAUUAUGUCGACGUCAUGACGAGCAAAAUUACUCAUGA